UCUCGGCAUCUCUCGGCGUUUUCCCGCUCAAGGGAGGCGCUUUGGCAGACGCUGCUCUCACCCCGGCCAGGACCCGAGGGCGGCGCGGCGGAUAAGGGCUCCGCGGGGCCGCAGCAGCAGUAGCGCCGGGCGGGUAUCGCCUCGCUAUGGCCAAGCACCACCCGGACCUCAUCUUCUGCCGCAAGCAGGCGGGCGUCGCAAUUGGAAGACUGUGUGAAAAAUGCGACGGCAAGUGCGUGAUCUGCGACUCGUACGUGCGGCCCUGCACCCUGGUGCGCAUCUGCGACGAGUGCAACUACGGCUCCUACCAGGGCCGCUGUGUCAUCUGCGGCGGGCCCGGCGUGUCCGACGCCUACUACUGCAAGGAGUGCACCAUCCAGGAGAAAGAUAGAGAUGGUUGCCCUAAGAUUGUCAACCUGGGCAGUUCCAAGACAGAUCUUUUCUAUGAAAGGAAAAAAUAUGGCUUCAAGAAGAGGUGAUCCUAUUCAUAUGUGGCUACCUCCUGUUGGGUUGGCAAGAGGGUCUUGGAACAUCUCUGGACUUUGCUCUUACUGAAAACUGGUUGAUUUUUUUCUAAAGCAAUACAAAUUCAGUAAUAUACUUGGGGUUGGAGAAAUAAGAGACUGAGUGGGGACUAAAAUGUGAUGAGAACCAAUGAUGAGAGAGGGCAAAUGAAGAUUACUGUCUUUUGCUUUUGCAGAAGCUCUGCUAGUAGUUGCCCCAACUAUACAAAGCAGAGUGGACAAGCACUUACACAUAGAAGGAGCCAUGUAAAAAUGGAAAGUGCUGUUUUUAGUGUGGAGAAACACCUUGAGGUUGUACUUACUGGGCCUCCUCUCAAUUGUUUGAAAUUGCCCCAUCCAUGAGUGUUGAAGAACAAAACACCAAUCUGCUCCCCUCCUCCCUUCCUCCAGUAUAUUUCCAUGCUCCCCUGUUUUUAAGGAAUCUGCUCAUGGCUGGUACCUUCCCAGGGAGAGCACAGCUGUUCCAUGUUUCCUUUUACAGAUAAAUCCAAGGCCAUUUCUUGUAACCAUUUCUGUAGGAUGCAUACCAAUAAAGCUUUUGCUUUUGGGUUUUUA